AUGCCAGGCGUCAUUGGAUGUGGCAAUCAUGCCUGGGCUAGACUUGAUGCAUUUCUGUCACUACUGCUUCUGAGACCACCGCAAGCACACUGUAAUCAGCAAAACGACAAGUUUGAGACCAUUCAAUCUCGUGUCCCGUUUCUGCCCUGUGCUCAGCAAGCCGGACACGAGAUUGAAUGGCCUCAAACUUGUCGUUUUGCUGAUUACGGUGUGCUUGCGGCUAAACGUAAAAUUAGAGAAGCCACAGAAAUAAACCGAAUAGGAAAUACCCUGAAU